GAAACCGGAAACGGAUGUGACGUCUGAAAUACAGCUCCAGGACCGCGUUGGAUGCCUGUGUGAUACAGAGAUGAGCGGUGAGAACGUGAAGUUGUUUGUCGGGAACCUUCCUUUAGAUGCAACUCACGACGAGUUGACGAAGCUCUUUUCUCCAUAUGGAGAGAUCAACACCUGCUCUUUGCUCAGACAGUACGCCUUCGUUACCCUGAAGGGAGAGGGGGCAGCAGACAGGGCCAUACGACAUCUUGAUGGUAAAGAGUACAGAGGCCGGCCUUUGGUGGUCGAGGAGUCCCGUGCACGCCCACCCAACUCCACUAAAGUGUUUGUGGGGAACCUCGCCGCGACAUGUUCAGCAGAUGACCUGCACGGUUUGUUCUCAACCUUUGGAAGAGUUUUAGACUGCGACAAAGUCAAAGCCAGAUUAUGCUCAAAUGUCGGCUAUGCGUUUGUGCAUAUGGAGAGGAAGGAGGAGGCCCUGGUGGCUAUUGACGCACUCAACGGGACCAUGUACAAGGGCCGUCAGUUGGCCGUAGAGCUGUCCAAAGCCCAACCUUUGAUCAACCAGAUUGCAAUGGCUGGAAAUUCAAACCACGGUGGUGUAACAGGUGGCAGGGAGGGUCUUCUUCCGCGACCACCUCCAUCACUAGAGCACCAUCAGAGUCAAGCAGCCGUGCUAGCAGCAGCUGCAGCAGCAGCGGCUGGACUACCCAUACAAGUUCAACAAAGUGUCCAUAACUCAUUCUACAACACCACCUCCUUUGACCCCACCUACGCUGCUUUGAAGGGCAUUACGAGUGCUAAAGGUGCAGAUGGGGUGAUAUACGGUGCUCUAGCCAGCCAGGUAUAUGGGACUGUUGCUGACCAGGUGUAUCAAGAUAUGGCUAAUCACAAUACUGCAGCUGUUGCCACUGUUGAAGAAGUAGAUUCACAAAGCGGACCAGAUCCGACAACGCUUUUCGAGGCAGCGAGAGCCAAGUUCUUUCAGGAGGGACAGAAGGUUCUGGCAGAGCAGCAGGCAGGGAGAAAGGCAGUGUCUGCCGACAGUGAGCGAGACCGCAGUCCAAUCAGAGGAAACCGGGCCCCCCUCCUCCCUGACCCGGUUCCAGGUUCCUUCGGUCAGGUACGACCGAAGCGCCGCGCCCUGCUGCCGACGCCACCUGGAGGACCCGAAGACGCCCCAGCUGCCACCAACACACCUGAAGGGUCAGAUCCUGUUGCUAGGUCUUACACAGAGUACUACCAGCAAAUGCAUCAAUACCAACAGUAUCAACAGUACCAGCAGCAGUACCAGUACCUCCAGUAUGCCUACACCAAUCCUCCUCCUCCUCCCCCGCCUCCACCAGCCACCACACAGGCACAGGCCUCCACCACAGCGCCCCCGGGGACAUACUCGGCGCCCCCGACGUAUGCAGCACCGGGAGCCUACGCGCCGCCAGGAACGUACGAUGCGGCAGGAAGUUACAACGCCUCAUCCGGGAGCUACAAUGCUACAUCUGGGAACUACGACGCCUCGUCAGGAAGCUAUGACGCGUCUGGAGGCUAUGGGGCACCCGGAGCAUAUGAUUCAUCGGGAGCUUACGCAGCAGCGGGAAGCUACUCCGCAUCCACACCGUAUGAGCAGACACCCGCACACGGGCAACCCAUGCCCCAGCGCCAUGAUUACCCUUACCACACGCCAGAACCCCCUUAUCGAUAGUCCCACCCCCACACACUCCUUCCACACUGCAAAUGUGUGCGUGUGCAUGUGUAUUUACAUAAGGGACAGUGUAAACCAGUGAGGGAGCAAGGUUGUAAUUCGAAUGUAAUUCAAGUCUGACGCAUUUCCCCCUUUUUUCUCCAUCCUAACCUAGUUUCUAACUAGCUUGCCCGUCGGUUGAUGCCUGUGUGGCGUAGUGGGACAGUUCAUUUUGUGAUGGUGUCAUGCGUUCACAGUUUGUGUUCGACAAUGUGAGGCACAGCUGGUUGGAUGUUCAAAGAGGCUUAAAUGUUUCUUGGGACAAAGUUGUACUCCGAGGCCAGGGUAGGAUAUCGUAGGAGAAGCUUUUUGUUUGUACUGAAUCGAGGCCUUUUAUAUACUCUACAUAAACGUGCAGGAACAUAAGCAGUCCAAAUCACACAUUUCAAAUGUAAUACGCUGAUAAAUUACUAAAUAGCUAUAAAAACAUACUCCAAUUAUUUAAACAAAAAGAAUAUUAUCCAUCGGCCUUUCUGGCCUCUCUACAAGAUGCAUCAGGCUUGCCGUAUUCUUUUAAAACUCAUUUUUCAGAGGUCCACGUGUCCUUAUAACAAUUUUAUAAUAUAAAUCCAAACGCACGCACUAGUGUUGGCGUAGGAACAUCCUGUGUGGAGUAUGUAACAGGCCUCUGU